CACCUUUCUCCGCCACAAUCUCCUGUUUCUCAAGCAACUUCCUGGGUCACCUGCUGCAUCUUCCCCUGGACUUUCCAAUUGACCUGAACACCGAAUCGUUUGAGGCCAUGAUUCCUCAGCUGUCCAGGUUGUACCCUGAUAAGGAGCUAGAGCUUGAGGUGUCACCUGAAUCGGCUCCAUUCCUAGUGUUCACCCCUGGAAAUGUGGUCCUUGUGCCAGUGAUAAACAUCCAGGCCUUCGUCCUCCUGCCCACGUCCUCCGAACGCAGGCCACUCUUCCAACUCAGGGCGAGAACCAACAUCAUUGCCACCAUCAGGGUGAGCUCCAACAAGAUCCAGGGCUCAGUGACCCCAGGAAGGUAAGAGGCCAUGGGUAGGGGAGAAGAGGUGUGGGCGAGAGGUCAGAGCAUCUAGUCUGGUUCACUGAUAGGGCUGGAGCUGCCCCCGACAAACAGAGGUCUCCACUGGCGUGGGCUCCUUCUCUAAUCCAGUGCCUCCCUCUGGAAAAGGCAUGUUGACAGUGCCUCAGGGGAAAAGCCAGAAGUCAAGGAAAGUUGUCAGGUGCCUUCAGGUUCCCUAUCAUUAGGGGCUCCUCACUCCCUGCCUCUGAGGCAGCAGUGAAGAAGCUGAAACUUCUGCAAAGAGGGUACUUAAGAGUGACAGUCCAGCUGGAGAAGGUGUCUGCGAGGACUUUACAUACAAGAUUGGGAAAAACUGUCAGUAUUACACAUCAGAAAGUGGAGAUUUUGGAUGGAGUGUUAAAGGUGCCCCCAGGCCACUGCUGACUGUCCCAUUGCCCAGUUACCCAAUCCGUGGUGGGCAAGUAUUUAUUCAACCAAGGAGUCAGUGGAGAGUUCAGGCUUUGGACAGGCCCCUGGGGCCGGUACUUUGGCUAGUGGUGACCUCUGUCCACAGCCCCCACACGUGCCCCUCAGCUCACCCACUCCGGGCGCUGCUCCCCGCUGAGGUACAGGUCCAAUGCGUGCAUCAGAGGAAUGAAACCCUGGCCUCGGGGUUGGAUGCCUGUUGGCUGAUAGAGCGCCCUGACCCCACUGAAAUAAAUAUCUUCGUAAGCAGUCUUUAAAUAGAGGAGCUAAUGAUGAGCGUUUGGGGCUUUGAGAGGUCCCGAAUGUGAGUGUAUGCAUAGACCUGGCUUUGGGGGGGUCUCUGCAGUAUCGGGGGGCGGGGGGGGCAGCCAUGAGCUUAGGCUAUGAGGAAGGAGGCAGCAGAGUAAAGGAUCUCACCCAAAAAUUUGCUAAGGAAUUAUGAAAAUAACUCUGCCCCGUGAGCAGAAAGCAGACAUCUGUCGGGGGUAAAGAGGAUUCCUGAACAAGGGAACCAGGAUGGAUCAAAGGAAAGAUGGCUAGGAGAGGGAUCAGCAGGGGACCUGGGGUUGAGCUUCCAUAGUGACAGGGAUCCAGGUGCCGAGUGCCCCCCAGUGGCUGCCAGCUGCCUGCCAUUAUCAUUAGGAGUGCCUCUCUUUUCCAGUUUUAUUGUCUACUCCCACAUGUUACAAAUAAU